AUGUCUGAGCCACCCUCUGCCUUCCCCAUCACCCCCUCCAGCCCCCUGUACACCAACACAGAUAGUCUGACUGUCCACACCCCCGCCAAGCGCAAACGAGGUCGUCCCAAAAAACAACCCCUGCUCACUGUGGAAACCAUCCAUGAGGGCACUUCCACCUCUCCCCUGAGCCCUCUGGCCCGGGACAGCCCUGCGGGGCUCACCCGCAGGAGGAAGACUCACACGCUAACCACGCUAGCCCAAAUCACAUCGGGUUCCAUUAGCCCCAAUGCUAAUGGGUUGAAACUGCAGCGCAGUGAGGGUGGCCAUGUCAGGUCGGUGAAGAAGCUGAAGCUGGGAAAGGUGCAGAGUAUCCUGAAUGAGAUCCUAUCAGGCUCCGGCCAACAUGGCAGCCUGGCACUGAAGUCAGCCUCGGCUCCAGUCUCUUCCACCAUGACGGCUAUGGCCUCUACCAUUGAGGCGCAUCUGGGGAAGCAAAUCAACGUCAGUAAGAGAGGAACUAUCUAUAUCGGGAAAAAGAGAGGGAGGAAGCCACGCUCCGACACCCAAACCCUUCCCCACAGAGGCGGGGCCAAGCCUCCUUUGCCUGUCCCCAUGUCCAGCCUGUACAACAGCCUCCUAGUGCCUUCCACCCUCCCUCCCAGCUCCACUACCCUCCUCCUCAGACCCAGUCACACCCUGUCCUCUCUGUGCCUCCCCGGCCCUCGCGGACCCUACUCUGACGCCACCAUGCCCAGCCUGCAGCCCAUCAGUGCCCUGCCCUCUAAACCCCUAGGCAGGGGGCUACUGGGGGCCGGCUGGAAGCUGUCUCCCCCGCGCCUCCUGGCCAACUCCCCGUCCCACCUAUCUGAGGGAGCAGCAUCGGUCAAGGAGGUGACGCUGUCACCCAUCAGCGAAUCACACAGCGAGGAGACCAUUCCCAGCGACAGCGGCAUAGGGACGGACAACAACAGCACCUCUGACCAAACAGAGAAGGGAACCAACGCACGACGCAGAUACUCAUUUGACCUGUGUGGGUUUGAGGCUGCGGAGGCUGCAGCUCUGGAGGCCUCCAGUCGCGGCAGUAGGGGUCGCUGCGUGCGGCAGGCGGCAGUGGUGGACAACUUCCUGUCCCAGCAAGAGAAGAAGCAGAAACACCGCAGGAAGAGGAAGUGCCUGCAGAGCCGAGACCACCUGCACUUCCUGUCUGAGCUAGAAGAGGUUGUUUUGAAGCUGCAGCAGCUACAUGUGUCUCACCGACGCUACGCCUCCUGCUACCCCCAGCACCCCUACCCCUCCAUCUUCCGCCUCAACUUCCACCACCACUACUACCCCCUGACCUACGACCCCUACCCCUGUGACCCCGCCCCUUACUUGCGCAGGAACGCCGAGCUCAAGGCCAAGAGGAGGCGCGGCCGGCCCGCCAAAGCCAGUGAGCCAAUCACGUCCAAGCUGCCUUUUGUCCAGGGGUUUGGGUAUCCGCUGGCAGGGGGGAACUACUAUGCACCGUAUGCCAUGCCUUACGCCCCGCCUCUGAGCCUGGGCUACUACCCCCCAGCACCCCCCCUCUACCUGCCCCACCAUUCCCACGGCCCUUCACCACCCUCCCACUUCAUGAGGCCUGCCGUCCCCCCUCCUAAGUUCCACUCUGGAGGCCACUCCAAGCUCCAGGCCGGGGUCAAGCUACGGACGUCUAGCGGGCCACUGCAGGGUUCCUCUGGUCGGGGAGAAGGACUGGGAUCCCUGGGUGGUGAUGGUGGUGGAGGUCUUGGAGGGGUGAGGCUCCACAAGAGGAAACACAAGCACAAACACAAGCACAAGGAAGAGACCCCUCUCCUCUCACCCCAUGACAGACAGGAGCUGGGCGGGCUCUUCAGCGGUGCCAAGACCAAUGGGCUGCUCAACCUGUUGACUGACAGGCGGGAGAUGAACAAUCCUAAGCAUCAGGAGCAGCAAAGGGGGGGUGGGCGAGGCUCUAGAGGGGGGUCCCGAGGAGCGAUGUUUGAGUCGGACCCUCUCUCUUCUCUCUCCAUGGACCAUGUCCAGUUCCGCUCACGCAUGCCCGGACAGCCAAUGAGCAGCUUCCUGAGCAGCUACAGGAGCCAAUCACAGAGGCCAGAGCUGACCUCUGACCUUUUUAGAUUGCGGGAGGAGGGCAGUGGGCGUGGCAGAAGGAGGGGCUUAGCAGUGUUCGGAGAGGAAGGGGUGAUGUCAUUCCACAAUGCCAGGAAAGAGAAGAGCCAGGAAACAGAAGAGUCGUUCUACAAUGCCAGCCCCACUCUAACAGGUAAGAGGAGGUAUAAACAUCAUGAGGUGGAACAGAUCCACGGUGAGGUCAGGAAGAUGUGUUCUCUCAACAACGUGCUCAACAGUCAGAGGAGUUUUGAGCACGUGCAGAAGAUCCUGCGUGUGAAGCGUCUCCAGCGCCAGGCCAAGACCGGCAACAACGUCGUCAAGAGGCGACCUGGUCGCCCCCGGAAACACCCUAUUGAUGAAUCUGAACCCACCAGUUAUGGGAGGGACGAAGGGAGGGGCUUCGGGAUGCCGGUGUUGGAGAGGUGUGUGGACCUACCGGGUAGGCGGAGCUUAAGACCAAGUCCCAUCCCCCAGCCUCUGGAGUUUUCCAAUCACGACUCUAUCUCAGUGGCCAUUGAGACGGUGGUGCACCGAGCACGCUCUCUGGCGCCCCCACCGGUCAGAGGGAGGAAACGCAGGGGGAGGUGCAGGAGAGAGGAGGGAGGGGAUAUAGCCUUCCACUAGCCAAUCAGACAGCAUCACAGUUGCAGAUAGAUCGAUCAGCUCUGGCCUAUCAGAGAGCUGGUGAGAGGAGCCAACACUGGCCAAAUGCUGCGUUCAUAACCAAGUGGGAAGGUAGUAUUUAACACAUACGACUGGAAAAAUCCACGCGAACGCCUCUCCAACUGGUAAUUACUAGUGGGAAACGCAACUAUCAUCCCUGUGCUCUGACUUCUCCCACAUGCUGACCUCUGACAUCACCUAGUAAGGAAAUUACCUCCAUAACACCAUUUUCAGCAGAUAAAUGCAACAACAAAACAUUCUUUAGAAAAAGCUAGGGCUUUUUAACACUAUAAUUUGUUUACAAGCAUGAUAGCGGUACUUUUACUUUAUGGUUAACGAAGCUUGUUGGCCAUUAGCCAAUCAGCAUUUCUCAACGAGUUCAAAGCAUGUGAAUGCAUCCAACUGGUAAUUACCACUUCACAACUGGGUAAUUACCACCUUCCCACUUGGUGAUGAACACAGCAAUAGCAGCCAAACAGACAGCAAUGCUGGGACCACCUCUGUGCACUUUGACCUAUUGGCCUGUCUGUUUCUCUUCUAUGAUUGGAUAUAAGGAGAGUGACUGCAGUAGGUCUCUAUGAAGGAACAUUAGGAGAGGAGGAGUGUUACACUCUGAAUGAGAUAGGGAGGGGAGGAGUGUUACACUCUGAAUGAGAUAGGGAGGGGAGGAGUGUUACACUCUGAACGAGAUAGGGAGGGGAGGAGUGUUGUUCUCUGAAUGAGAUAGGGAGAGGAGGAGUGUUACACUCUGAAUGAGAUAGGGAGGGGAGGAGUGUUACACUCUGAAUGAGAUAGGGAGGGGAGGAGUGUUACACUCUGAAUGAGAUAGGGAGGGGAGGAGUGUUGUACUCUGAAUGAGAUAGGGAGGGGAGGAGUGUUACACUCUGAAUGAGAUAGGGAGAGGAGGAGUGUUGCACUCUGAAUGAGAUAGGGAGAGGAGGAGUGUUACACUCUGAAUGAGAUAGGAAGAGGAGGCGUGUUGUACUCUGAAUGAGAUAGGGAGAGGAGGAGUGUUACACUGAAUGAGAUAGGAAGAGGAGGAGUGUUACACUCUGAAUGAGAUAGGGAGAGGAGGAGUGUUGUUCUCUGAAUGAGAUAGGGAGAGGAGGAGUGUUACACUCUGAAUGAGAUAGGGAGAGGAGGAGUGUUACACUCUGAAUGAGAUAGGGAGGGGAGGAGUGUUGCACUCUGAAUGAGAUAGGGAGGGGAGGAGUGUUGUACUCUGAAUGAGAUAGGGAGAGGAGGAGUGUUACACUCUGAAUGAGAUAGGGAGAGGAGGAGUGUUACACUCUGAAUGAGAUAGGGAGGGGAGGAGUGUUGCACUCUGAAUGAGAUAUGGAGGGGAGGAGUGUUGUACUCUGAAUGAGAUAGGGAGAGGAGGAGUGUUACACUCUGAAUGAGAUAGGGAGAGGAGGAGUGUUGUUCUCUGAAUGAGAUAGGGAGAGGAGGAGUGUUACACUCUGAAUGAGAUAGGGAGGGGAGGAGUGUUGUACUCUGAAUGAGAUAGGGAGAGGAGGAGUGUUACACUCUGAAUGAGAUAGGGAGAGGAGGAGUGUUACACUCUGAAUGAGAUAGGGAGAGGAGGAGUGUUACACUCUGAAUGAGAUAGGGAGGGGAGGAGUGUUGUACUCUGAAUGAGAUAGGGAGAGGAGGAGUGUUACACUCUGAAUGAGAUAGGGAGGGGAGGAGUGUUGUACUCUGAACGAGAUAGGGAGAGGAGGAGUGUUACACUCUGAAUGAGAUAGGGAGGGGAGGAGUGUUGUACUCUGAAUGAGAUAGGGAGGGGAGGAGUGUUACACUCUGAAUAAGAUAGGGAGAGGAGGAGUGUUACACUCUGAAUAAGAUAGGGAGAGGAGGAGUGUUGUACUCUGAAUGAGAUAGGGAGAGCAGGAGUGUUACACUCUGAAUGAGAUAGGGAGGGGAGGAGUGUUGUACUCUGAACGAGAUAGGGAGGGGAGGAGUGUUGUACUCUGAAUGAGAUAGGAAGAGGAGGAGUGUUACACUCUGAAUGAGAUAUGGAGGGGAGGAGUGUUGUACUCUGAACGAGAUAGGGAGAGGAGGAGUGUUACACUCUGAAUGAGAUAGGGAGAGGAGGAGUGUUGUACUCUGAAUGAGAUAGGGAGAGGAGGAGUGUUGUACUCUGAAUGAGAUAGGGAGAGGAGGAGUGUUGUACUCUGAAUGAGAUAGGGAGAGGAGGAGUGUUGUUCUCUGAAUGAGAGUACCACUGAGGACGAACAGUGACUCUUAUCAUACAUUUAUGUGAUACAAUGAUGCGUACCGUCCUAUAAUAUGAUACUGUAUGGUACUUUAUGCUACAAUAUCUGAUACUAUAUGGCACUCUUUGAUAAGAUACUGUAUGAUACUAUGGUACUAUACAGUAUGAAAUACUAUGGUACUUUAUGAUAGUCUUUAUCUGAAUGUGGCAUUAGCCACGUCUUUACCAGCAGACUGGGGUGGUGAUUGGUUAAUAUGAUACUGUGCAGCUCUGAUCAUUUUUGCCUUCUCUAAUGAAGCUAGUUAAUGACCACCUACAUUACCCUACUCACUCUUUUAUCCCUCUCCCCUCAGACCCACAGGAUCUAAGACCAGUAACUCACCCUACCCACUAACCCCUGUUCUCACCCCUAGCCCUUCUAUACCCUCUCUACUCCCCCUGCCCUGUCCUGGGCAUGGAUACUUUAAAGGCAAUAUGUUGGACUGAGCUUCCCUGGCUGUAGGUCUCUACAGCUAUGGUCUAACUGUACAUAGGAGCAUACUCCACUUUCACCCGCCUUUUACCCCGGGGAAAACAGCCUAUCUACAUGUACUGGCUUAUAUCAAAUAGAAGUGUUGUACAAUAGACCAUAAACGUCGGGAUUGUUGUUUUAUUACCAAAAAUAGACCUGGAUGUUUUCAAACUGAAGGAACCACAUGUAUUCAUUCAUUUAUGUUGUGUAUGAGAAGGCCAUCACACACAUCAGGUGUGUUUGACAAAACCUUGGUUUUAAUGCACUAUAUAAACCUACACUUACAUUUAAUCAAAGUCAGCACUCACAUGCUUGUUCUAGCCUUACGUUUUGGCCUUGACUUCAAUGGUGAAUAUCCAUUCAGAAACAUGUGCAUUAAUUUAAUCAAUUUGAAUAUGCAGGACGCUCAGCCAAUGGUGUCAAACCUAAGCCCAAGUCUGAGAUUUGAUUGGACAGUGAAGCUGGAGGAGGGUUAAUGAUCAGUGUUUUGUAGUGAGUGUGUGGUCCUCUAAAGAUUCUGUCUGAGUAGUGGUAGAAAAAUAACAUAACACAAAAUGUAAAGAUUGGAAUAGGAAAACCAAAGUCUCAGAGAUAUGUGUUUCACAGACUUGUCAGGUGUGGGGUUGUCAGCAUUCUCAAUCUGCAGUUAAACACACCAGCUAGCUAUCAUAUCUUCAGUAUUUCAGAAAAUACCAGUGGGUCAGUAUUUCAUUGGGGACCUGUGUCUAAUGUAAACUUGGGAAGCCUCUCCUCUCUCUGUGAGGGUCUUGUCAGCUCCAGCAGUUCUGCACGUGCCUUAUGUUUGUUUCUUAAACCAUCACAUCUCAUUUUGGGGGAAUUCAAAAUGGCGGAGAAGUUACUGCGAUUGAAACCACGUACUUAUGAUUGUGCAUUUACGACACGUGUGUCUUAGCAACUACAACGCGGGCACUACCUGUGUCCCUUUGCAGCCAUACGUACAACAGGCCUGAUUCCGUUUCACUUCCAAGCCCCUUGUGCUCACCCUUGCUCUUUGUAGUGAACAGAUGUGAAAAGGCUCGGUUAAGCACUAUGGGAACGAAAAAUGGAUCCAUCACUUACACUAUUACACACAUCAGGUCCUUUCAUAACUGAGCGCUGUGAGCAACAGAGGUGGUAAGAGCCAGGGAAAGGGGCCCUGAACUUAAAUGGAACCAGGCCCCAGGCUGUGGACAGGCUGUGCCAGGGGAGUUGUAUUGGGAACCAUGCUGUCUUACGUAGUUGUUUGCUAUGCAUCAGGUCUGGCCUGGGCUGUCUGAGGAAUCCACCCUUCCACAAAGACAAAUAAGUGUCUUAUUUACCCAAUAAAACAUGAAGUCAUUUAACCAGAAGUGUGAAUAAUAUCAGUAAUAAUGUGUAAAGCGUUGUGCAGAAAGUGACUAUCAUUUCAUGUCAACUUUAGUGACUGCAGCUCCCUGCAGUGCUGCCUUAAUCAGAAGUCAAGCUCCAGUACUGAAGUGUUUAUAUGUUGUAAAUAGUGUCUGUUCUGUUGUGUUCUGUUGUGUUCUGUUGUGUUCUGCCUGCAUGGAUACAAACUGGGCUCAGUUACGUACGCUGGGAUAGCCUAAACCUAAACCUAUCUUAGACCACAGACCUAUCUUAGACCACAGACAUAUCUUAGACCACAGACAUAUCUGACAGUCCCUAUCCAUCCAUCAAUUAGAAUGUUUGUCAAACAAUCAUCGCAAGGUUGAGAUGCCAGGGCCUGUGCCAGCCUAUGAUAGUGUCUCUCAUUGCACUUCAGCUAAGACCAAGAACCCUCAUUGGCUAGCAGCUAAACUCCCCUGAGCCAAUGGGUGCCUAGUGCAGCAGUGUGUGCGUGUGUGUGGGACGUGCUCAGAGGGCAUUACCAAAAAUACACCUGUCCUUGUCAGUGUGUGUGUCAGCUCACACACUGCACAGAGACUGAGCCUGAACUGGAUCUCAUAACCAAAUUACAGCUUUCACAGGAGGCCUGGAUCUCUCUAAACCUUUUUAGGGUCUGAGUGUGGUCUAGAUGUAGUCUAGGAUUGGUCUAAGGAAUCUAGAUGUCGUCUAGGAUUGGUCUAAGGAAUCUAGAUGUAGUCUAGGAUUGGUCUAAGGAAUCUAGAUGUCGUCUAGGAUUGGUCUAAGGAAUCUAGAUGUCGUCUAGGAUUGGUCUAAGGAAUCUAGAUGUAGUCUAGGAUUGGUCUAAGGAAUCUAGAUGUAGUCUAGGAUUGGUCUAAGGAAUCUAGAUGUAGUCUAGGAUUGGUCUAAGGAAUCUAGAUGUAGUCUAGGAUUGAUCUAAGGAAUCUAGAUGUGGUUUAAGGGGUCUAUAGGCUUGGCAGCUCAAUAUUCCAUGGUCGGUCUCUGAUGUUUGAGUUAAAGCCACUAGGAUCUGUCUGUUUCUCUCUCUACCAGCCGAUGUUCCGGUGCCUUCUACAGCUGACUAGUAUUGUCCCGAUCCUCUGCUUUAACGCUACACGAGACCCACCGCGUGGUCCAGUACAGUCAAGUUGGGUUUUGCAGUCUUGUGUUAUGUACUGGGUUCUGUAUUCACUCUGGUCCAACUGUACGACUGGUAUGACUCCAGGUAGAAGUUUACCCAACCCUAAAUCCUAAUCUUCAUCAUCAGGGGGACGAAGGAACAUCUGGUUCUGGAUCAGUGGUUAGGGAAGACCUCUACCUCUACACUGAGACCAGUCUGACCAGUCCAGUACAGCCACUGGAGCUGAAUCAUACUGCAUGCGUCUCAAAUCACAGCCUACAUAGUGUAAUACUACAGAACCUGUUGAAACGCAGUGCGCUGGUAUGGAGUCAUUUGAGAAGCAGCCAGUCUCUACUAAUAUGUGCAGUCGUUAACAUAUAUGUUAUGUUUCCAAGCUUUAAUGUUGUUCAACGCUGAACAUGCAGAUGAAGCGUCGAGGAGGAAACCAAUAAAUGUACUUUGCAAGAGCACAAAGUGAGCUCUUAACUGUGUUGGCAUAUUUGAGUUUGUAUACAUAGUGUAUUUGAACCUUUUUACUAGAGUGGGUUUUCCUUUAUUUGCAUGCUCCACUUGAUUGUAUGCAUUAAGAUUUUAGACAAGCGGAGAAGUUGACUUUCAGUUGCAUUUGGAGCAAGACUUGUACAUUGUUUGAUAUGUUUGUUUUUGUAAUGGAUUUUUAAUUCAUAAAGCAUUUUUGUACAUUGUAUGAAUAUUAAAAAUGGCAAAUAUUUGACAUGUAGAAAUAAGUAAAUACUUAGAUGCUCAUGCAUAUGCAUAUAUCCUUCUUAGUAUGUAUGUGUAAAUGUACACAUAUUUUGUAUUUGCCUUCACUCAUAUACAGAUAUAUGUCAUAUGCACAUAUACAUGCAAUAUACUGUAUAUGUAUAGCCAUGUCUGCUGGCAUGCUUCUGGUCAUGUUUACUUAUCAUGAUCUUGUAGUCUUUAUUUUCAUUUUUUUUUCUCUUUUCUCUGAGGAAAAGCUCGUUCUUUUGCUACCGUUUUCCUGGCUGGCCGCAUUGGGCACUUAUUAAGAUGAAAUUGAACUUGUUCAUGUUAUUCAUUGUGUGAAAUAAUAAAUGAGUUUAUUGAAAGCUGA